UAAGUACUGGAAGGCGGGUUUGUAAAUUAAGCUCACCAAUGAAGAUUGAAGAGGAGCCGGUUGUGCCAAAGAGUAAAAGAGAUAUUGUUUUUGAAGCACUUGAGACACUUGAAUUCCGGAAAACUUUCUUACUUUUGAAUUAUGUUGGGUGGGACAAGCUGGAGGAUGUUUCUGUUGAUCAAAUUCUGAGUUAUCGAAGUCUUGGUAUGAGAGACUUUGAGAUCGAUAUUUGGAAUAAAUUUGGCAGACCCUCCGAUAAAAAAGAGCGAGUUAAUAAGAUGAACUGGGAAACUGGAGAAAGAUACAACUACCAUUGCCAUAUUGAUUCCAGAGGGAACUGUCGCUUCAAGGGUCCGUAUCUGAACAAGGCAGCUACACUUUUGCAGAAAACUGUUGAAGAUGAAAAUGUAAUAAUAAUGAAGUUUAUGGAGGAAGAAACAGAGAGCCUAGGAGCAGUCUCUAUGAUGCAGAAUCCGAUUUUUAAUGAGAUUUCUGAAAAAGGGUUUUUUGUUGGUAGAAAACGUUAUCGGUUCUUUGAUGGUGGCAAGGAGGUAAAGAAGAAAGAUUCCGUUUCUAGCUCAGUUAAAUGCUACUUUGUUUGUACGGAGGGCUUUGCUCGUGUUCUUAAUAAACAUCCUCAUCAGUUGAGUGAUAUGCCAAUCCAAGAAGCCAGGGCCCUAUUCAUGCACAUACAUACUGUAUCCAGUCCAACCAUUUAUAAUAUCAGAUUAUCUCUUAUAUUGUCGAAAGCCAUUACCCUGGAUAUAAAUUACAAUGAUUUGUGCGUUGAAGUCCUUGAAGAUAUAUACUGUCUGAACGAAGAUGGCAGCGUUGCCAAAGAUAAUGAUGGGAAAGUUAUGAUUCUUACUGACGGUACUGGUUUUAUCUCUGAAGAUCUUGCAUUGAGGUGCCCACAUAAUUGUACUAAUGGGUGUGUGAAUAGUGAAGACGACGAUCAGGGAUCUUUAGAAGCUGUUCAAUUUCCACACAACUUUUCUGUAUUAAACGAGUAUAAACCUCCCAAUAAACCGCCUUUGCUGAUUCAAUUUCGCUUGUUCCAUCAAGGCCGGGCUAUCAAAGGAACUGUUCUUGUCAACAAAAAGCUUCCUCCUAAUACAAUUCAAGUUCGACGGUCAAUGCUGAAAGUUGAUAGAGAUGAUGAAAUUCCUAUAGAUGCUCCAGCUGUAAAUUCUUUCGAAGUUGUGGCAACAAGCAAUAAGCCGAAGGUAGCUGGUCUAUCAAAGACUUUGAUUGCACUUCUUCACUAUGGAGGGGUGCCAAGGGAAUAUUUUUUGGCUCUGCUCUCAGAGGCUCUUAAAAAACAACUGGCAGUUUUUCAUAAACCUAAACCAGCCUUAAGAGUUGCCGUUAAUUGGGAUUUCAGUGGUGAUUUUGUACCUGCUAAGAUGGUGGCGUCUGGAAUUCCUCUAGAUGAACCUUUCCUACUAGACUGUUUAUCUGAUAUCGCGAAGGAGGAAAUGAAGAGUCUUAAAGGAGGGAAAUUCUCUGUUAAAGGCAGUUGCUAUGUAAUGGGAACAGUUGACCCUACGGGGACUUUGAAUAGAGGCGAAGUUUGUGUAAUUCUGGAGGAAGGACAACUUUCUGGUCCAGUAUUAGUCUAUAGAAAUCCAGGCACUCAUACAGGGGAUAUACAUGUUGUGACUGCAAGAUACAUUGAGGGCUUAAAGGACGUUGUGGGAAAUGCAAAAUAUGGAAUUUUCUUUCCUUGCAAGGGGCCAAGGUCAAUGGCGGAUGAAAUUGCUGGUGGUGAUUAUGAUGGAGAUAUGUAUUGGGUGUCCACAAAUGCUGAGCUUUUACAGCAUUUCAGACCAAGUGAGCCUUGGAUAUGUUCAACUUCUUCCCCAAUUUUCAAAAAAGUAGCAAGUCUGUCUUCUGGUGAGACAUUAGAGCGUGAACUGUUCCGAUUAUACUUGACUGCUAGGUUCCAGCCAAGUAAGGCAAUGGGUAUAGCAGCAGAUAGUUGGCUAGUGUAUAUGGAUCGAGUGUUGACACUGGGAGAUGAAUGCGCAGAUGAGAAAGCUGCUUUAAGGAGAAAAAUGGAUGAAUUAAUUAACAUAUACUAUGAUGCACUGGACGCGCCGAAAAAGGGAAAAAAGGUUGUGGUUCCUGAACGGCUGAUACCGGAAAAAUAUCCCCAUUAUAUGGGAAGAGGAGAGCAUUGCACUUAUAAAUCCAAGUCUGUUUUGGGUGAAAUUCAUGACAUAGUUGAUCAAUUCAUUACUCCAAUUACAAUUUGGAAACUGAAAUGCUUUGACGUUGAAAUUCCGGAAAUGCACCGAAGAUUUUGGACUGAUCAUUACUCAAGUUACAGAACUGAUAUGCAGAGGGUUCUGAAUGAAUCUGGAAACACAGUUGCAGUUUAUCAGCAUUACCGAAAGGUACUAUAUGGCGGUGUUGAUGAUUUGGAGUCAAGUAAAAAAGAGUGGGAAGAGAUUCGACUUGAGGCCUUGGCAAUAUAUCGUGUUUGCUAUGACUAUGCAAUAGAAAAAAAGGAACCAAAAUAAUGUGGCUUUGCUUGGAAAGUUGCUGGAGAUGCCUUGUGGAAGAUACAUUUGCAGGAUACGGAAGAAAAGUCCUUACUGUUUGCUCCUUCAGUUGUACGCCAGAUGAUGCGUUAGUAUUAUCGAAUGCCUCGCUACUCAUUGUAAAUUACUUGUAAGUUAUGUUUAGAUGGAAGAUCAACGAUGCCAACGCUACUUAUGGUGCGAGGUCUUUUGGGUAUGAUCUGUUAGUCUCCUUAGUCGUGUCACACAACCAUGCUUAGUUUAGCCUUAACUUAGCUCGUUUAUCUUUCGUUUCUUGCAGCCCCCGUUUUUUCCUUAACUGGCCUUUUGUUGAUAGGUAUUUUCCAGUUGGGUUAUUAUCGGGCUCUCUAACUUCGGCUUGUAUGAAGUAUAAGUUUUAUAUCAAGCAAUGUUGCUAUUUUUCUAAGUCACAGUAAUGUAUUAUACUAACUAAAAUUAUCUACUUAAGCU